AUGAACAAUGGCUCUUGCCAUAUGAAAGGCAAUUAUUCACGAACAACAACUACAUCAAUACCUGAUCAAUCAUUACGAACAUCAUUAAUACGUAAUACUGAUCACGAUACAUCACUAGAUUUAACUGACGUUUCAAUAUUAUCUGUUGGUCUUAAACGUUUUCAAAAUCACAAUCACGAAAUGCUCACAGACGAUGAUGACGAUAAUGAAGUUGUCGAAACAAGUGAUGAUGACGAUGACGAUGAUGACGAUGAACCAUUUCCUUCCAAUUCAAAUAAUGCAUUAUUAAAUAAUACUAAUAAUAAUGAUGAUAUGGAUCUUGGCUUAAUUGAUCCAGAUACUCAAGCAAAAUUAGCUGCCAUACUUGAAGCCACUGGUAUUACAAAUUCUCCUAUUCCUGAAGAUUUUUGGCGUGAUCAACAAGUCGUACGUUUAUUAACAAGUAGUGUAACAAGUAAUCUAAAUGGUUUACAUGAAAUUGCUAAUGCAAUAUCACCAUCAAAUAUCAGUGGACAUCAAGAAAAAAAAUGCAAAUCAUCAAAUAAAGACACAUCAGGAUCAUUUGUUCGUGCCUGUAUGAAUAAUGAUAUUCGUACUGUUGAAAAACUUCUUCAAUCAACAAGUGGAAAAGAACAUUUAAAUGAUGUUAAUGAAGAUGGUGAUAGCGUUUUAGCUCUUGCUUGUUCAAAUGGAUAUACAGAUCUUGUACGUUUAUUACUUACGACUCUACCUGAUAUUGAUAUUAAUGAUCGCGGUAGUAAACAAGAUUGUACGCCAUUAAUGGAAGCUUGCAAUGCUGGUCAUUAUGAUAUUGUUGAACUUUUAUUAAAACACAACGCGAAUGUAAAUAUACAGUCCACAUCCGGAAAUACUGCUCUACAUUAUUCAGCAGGAGGAGGUUAUGCAGAUAUUGUUCGACUUCUACUUGAACAUGGUGCUAAAGUAGAGGAAACAAAUGAAAAUGGCCAUACACCUCUUAUGGAAGCAGCUAGUGGUGGUCAUGUAGAAGUUGCUCGAGCACUACUUGAUCAUGGUGCUGGUGUUAAUACACUUUCAAAUGAUUCGAAAGAUAAAAGUGGAAAUGAUAGUAAACAACAUAAAACAGAUGAAAUGCAUACAGCUUUAAUGGAAGCAUGUAUGGAUGGUCAUGUACAAGUAGCAAAAUUAUUACUUGAUCAUGGCGCCGAUGUAAAUAUGCCACCAGAUAGUUAUGAAAGUCCACUAACGUUAAGUGCUUGUGGUGGUCAUAUUGAACUGGCGUCAUUACUUAUUGAACGAGGUGCUAAUUUAGAAGAAGUUAACGACGAAGGAUAUACACCAUUAAUGGAAGCCAGUAGAGAAGGGCACGAUGAUCUUGUAAAUUUACUUGUUUCGCAAGGUGCUGAUGUCAAUCGAACAACUGAAGAUACACAAGAAACAGCAUUAACAUUAGCAUGUGCGGGUGGAUUUUUGGAUGUAGCAAAAAUCCUGCUAUCCAAUGGUGGCAAUGUUAAUCUGGGUCAAUCAACCCCUCUUAUGGAAGCAUCACAAGAAGGUCAUCUAGAAUUAGUUCAAUAUUUAAUACAAAAUGGUGCUGAUGUUAAUCAAACAACACCAGCUGGAGAAACAGCUUUGGCUUAUGCUUGCGAAAGUGGUCAUACUGAAGUAGCAGAAAUUUUACUUAAUUCCGGUGCACAUAUCGAUCAAGCUGAAAAUGAAGGACGAACGCCAUUGAUGAAAGCAGCUAGAGCUGGACAUAUAUGUACAGUACGAUAUUUAAUAUCAAAAGGAGCGGAUGUUAAUCGAGCAACAAAUAGUAAUGAUUCAACUGUUCUUUCAUUAGCAUGUGCCGGUGGUCAUCUUGAUGUAGCUUCAUUACUACUCAAACAUGGUUCAGAUCCAAAUCAUCUUCUAAAAGAUCGUUCGAAUUGUUUGAUUGAAGCAGCUAAAGGUGGCCACACAGAAAUAGUAAAAUUACUACUUGAAUAUCCCAAAAGUGUAGCACAACGAACACCAAUUGUAGCACCGACCAGUUCUAUUGAAACAUUAAAUAAUGAUGUUAAGAAUGAAAAUGAUGAAGAAAAAGAACAAAGUUUAACAGUGACGAUGCCAACUUCAUUUCUAUUACCAUUAUCAGGAGACAGUAAAAAAUCUUCUCCGACAACCAAUUCACCUAUUCAAUUAUUACAAAGUCUUCAGAAGAUAGUCCCAAGAAAUAUUCUUGAUGUUCUUCAAACGGGUGUAAAUGAAACAGUAAAAUUAAAUUCGGAUAAUGAUGCAAAAGAUAAUUCAUUGUCAAAUAAUGAUCCAUCAUCAUCAUCACCUGUUUCAAAUGUUGAAACUAUGCAACAGUCACUAGUAUCAAAUCAAAAUUCAGAUAUUAACAAUGUUCAACAAGCAAAAAAACUUCAAAUACUUGAACAACUUCAACAUGUUGAAAAAGAGCUACAUGAUAAAGCUCAACAACAUUUAAAAAUCAAUCAAGAUUAUCGUCAACAAGUAAAUGACUAUGUAAAUUCAAAUUCUCUUCCAUCUCCGUCAGCAGUCAGUGGCAAAAAGAAACGAACAACGUCAUCAUCAUCUACAUCAAGUACAUCAUCUGAAACAUCGUCUUCAUCGUCGACAGCUAAACAAGAUGAUCAAACAUCACUGUCGGCAAUGAAUCUAACAUUACCUGUUCCAACACAAACGAUAAAUUUCUUUUCCACAUCAACUAAUGAAACAAAUCAAUCGUCAUCCAAUAAUCUUCGCAUAUCAAAUAAAUCCACUAUGCCACCGUUUCAUCAUAAUCAACAUCAUCCAAAAAUAAAGAAAUCUUUUAAUAGACAGGUCUCAAAAUUUGAUCGUCGAUUAGAACAAAAUCUACAUGAAAAUCAAACACAUAUAGAUCAGAUGAAUUUACAUUUGAAAAAUCUUAAACUACUUUCACCGUCAUCACCAUCGUCAACUGAAUGUUUAACAACAUCGAGUCCAACGAAAAUUCCCAUGCGAAUAAAUACAGAUACACAAAAGGCGCUUGAGCAUCUACGUGAAUUAGCAAGUAAUCCAUCAGAACUUGAACGGAUACAAACAUUAGUAAAUAAUCCAAAUUUAAUGCAAGAAAUAAAAAAAGUUGCCAAUGAAUCAUUCAAUGAACAAUUAAGAACAUUACCACCGUUUAUGCCAGCGAAUUUACAACAGGCAACUAUUGAAUCAUUAACAGUUGGAAACAAAUCUAAUAAUGAAAAUCAUCAAAAAACUCUAACACACACUGAACCAAUUAUUCAUUCUCAACCAGAUUCAACAGUACAAACAGUGCCAUCUACAAGUCAAAUAUUAUCUCAACAGCAACAGUCAUUUACAGUUUCAUCGACUACUCGAAAUACCAACAAAGACGACAAUAAUCAUCAACAUCCAUUACCAGUCAAUGAUCAUCCUCCAGCAUUAUUGAAUGCUACAAAUUCUCAACAUUCUAUCUGUUGUGCUGAAUGUCCAUCACAAGCAGCUAAUAUUCUAAAUUCAACACCAAAUACUGCAUUGUCUCAUUUACAUUUUCAAAAUCGAAUCGAUGUUGAUUGUGAAACAGAAUCUAAUCAUGAUACUGCAUUAACAUUAUCUUGUGCCGGUGGUCAUGAAGAACUUGUUACAUUACUUCUACAGCGUGGUGCAAAUAUUGAACAUCGUGAUAAAAAAGGUUUUACACCUUUGAUACUUGCUGCUACUGCUGGUCAUGCUAAUAUUGUAGGAAGACUGCUUGAAAAUGGUGGCAAUAUUGAAGCUCAAUCAGAGAGAACAAAAGAUACUGCCUUGUCAUUAGCAUGUAGUGGUGGACGACAAGAAGUUGUUGAAGUUCUAUUGAAGAAAGGAGCCAAUCGUGAACAUAGAAAUGUUUCAGAUUAUACUGCUUUGAGCCUUGCUGCUUCGGGUGGAUAUGUCAAUAUAAUAAGAUUAUUAUUAAACUAUGGUGCAGAGAUUAAUUCACGAACUGGUAGUAAAUUAGGAAUAACUCCAUUAAUGCUUGCUUCCAUGAAUGGACACGUAGCUGCUGUUAAACUUCUAUUAGAUAUGGGUUCUGAUAUAAAUGCUCAGAUUGAAACAAAUCGCAAUACUGCGUUAACAUUAGCAUGUUUUCAAGGAAGAGCAGAAGUUGUAUCAUUAUUAGUUGACCGGAAAGCAAAUAUUGAACAUAGAGCAAAAACAGGUUUAACACCUUUAAUGGAAUCUGCAUCGGGUGGUUAUGUUGAUGUUGGUCGAGUUCUAUUAGAAAGAGGCGCCGAUGUCAAUGCACCGCCUGUACCAACAUCAAAAGAUACUGCUUUAACAAUUGCUGCUGAUAAAGGCCAUCAUAAAUUUGUUGAAUUACUUCUUCUUUAUGGUGCAACAAUUGAUGUUCGAAAUAAAAAAGGUGCUACACCUUUGUGGCUUGCUUGUAAUAAUGGUCAUUUAGAAGUUGUUCAAUUACUUGUUACACGCUUUGCCGAUCCGGACUUGAGUGACUCACGAAAAACUUCUUGUCUAAUGGCUGCUUUUCGUAAAGGACAUUGCAAAGUAGUUAAAUAUUUAGUACGUCAAGUGCGGCAAUUUCCAUCAGAUGCCGAUUGUCGUCGUCUAAUCAAUACAAUAACUGAUAAAGAUCUGUUAAAAAGAUGUCAAACAUGUAUGGAUCAAAUCAUAUCUGCUAAAGAACGACAAGCAGCCGAAGCCAAUAAAGCUGCUAAUAGUUUAUUGAAAGAAAUUGAUUUAGAAAAAUCUCGCGAAGAAACCCGAAAAGUCGCUGCGGCAAAGAAACGUGAAAAACGUAAAGCAAAAAAGAAAGGUAAACAAAAGUCCACUACAACUGAAUCUGCAAUGACUAUAAAAACCGAUGAACAACAACUACAGCAAGAAGAAGGGCAUGACGAUGAUGAAGAAGAAGAAGAACACAAUGAAAAUGAAGAGCCAAUUCAACAAGAAAAUCUUUCGUCAUUAUCAACAACAACAGCAGCAACUCUUGUAGUUGAUGAUGAUCUUCGACUUAAAAUGGUAAAAACAGAUCAUGAACAAAUAGCAAAGAAAUCUCCUUCACCUGAACGACCACUACCGCCAGUCACUCUACCUAAACAACCGGUUAAUAAAAAGAAAACGAACACAAUGACACGUAAAAUCGAACGUCACCAAGAGAAUCUCGCAUCAAAGAGUAAACAACAAGAAACAACUUCUGCGCCGAGUGUACCAUCCAUAACGAAUACAGAUGAUGGAUGGCAAGAAGUCAUAGGUAAACAGAAAAAAAUUACUAUACCACAUGAACAAUAUUCACGUAUUAUUGGACGAAGUGGUUCAAAUUUAAAUGUUUUACGUGAAGUAACUGGUGCAUCUAUUGAUGUAGAAAAUAAAAAAGCAAUCGGUGAUAAAACAAUUUUAAUCAAAGGUAAUGGUGAUUCAAUAAAACAUGCGUAUCAAUUAAUAAUGGCAUUAUUGAAAAAUUCCGAAUCUGAAUUGAUGAGUCUAUUACCAUCCGGUAAUGAGAGUAAAACAAAAUCAAGAUCAACUACAAUUUCAUCCAAUAAUGAUCAUAAUAAUGAUGAGAUCAAUAAAUUACAAAGAAUCAAUAAUACAAGUUAUGGAACACGACUACAAAAUACUGAAUCUUCGACAUCAGAGCCUCAGGCAUCAAAUUCAUCCACUAAAUCAACAUUAAAUAAUACUCGUUCGUCAACUGCAUCAACGAAAAGAAGUGCUACAAUAAAUUCUUCGAAUAUGCUCAGUCGUUCGACAUCAUCAUCAACGAAUAAAAGUUCUCAACCAUUAACAACUACUGGCGCAACAUGGGUAAACUCGAAUCGAACAAAUCGUGGUAUAUCAUCAUCGGCGAUUAUAAAUUCUACGGCUCCAAACGCAUCAAAUUUAACAACAGUAUGGAAUCAUCAACAAUCAUCAUUAAAACCUUCCUCAAGUCAUACGAAACCGUCAACUCCAAAUUACUACUCAAUAAAUCCACCCAACACCUCAUCAACGUAUCAUUAUUCAUAUUCAAAUACGAAUUCAUUAAAUAAUCAUAAUCAAUAUGUACAUCCAUCCAAUAAACAAAUAGCGUCUUCCAGUAAGCAUUAUUCAACAAAUUAUUAUCAAAAAGGAGAACAAUCAACACCAUCCGAAACAAUAACAACAACUGUUCACCCAUCGCCUAAUUCUUUUGUUCCAUCCCAGCCGGGCCAUCGAGUGCCAUCGCAACACCUUGUAACAUCUUCCACAGUAUCAAAUAUCUCGUCUACAUCAUCGUCAGACUCUACUUCACUAUCAGUAUCAUCAUCGACCUUACUUGUAACGUCAUCGACCACACCUACGCCAACUAAUGUGACAACAUCCGGGGAAUAUAAUCCUUUUGCAUCUAAUAUUAUUACUACAUCAAUUGUUGAUGUAUUAACAAAAAAUAAGGAAUCCGUAACAUCAUCAAUGGAUGAAACGAAUUCUAGUUCAGCAACAAAAAUGAAUUUUGCUAAUGUUGCCAAAAUGAAUGUUCCAAUGAAAUCAUCUCAUCAUGAAUCAAUUGUUAUUACAAUGGAUGAAUCAUUAUCGCCACCGCCAGAUCCAAAAAUUGCUCCUGGUUACCGUGGACCAUUAAGUGCUGGUACAACACCUAUACAUCAUCAUCAUCAUCAACAACAACAACAACAACAACAACAACAACAACAACAACAACAGCAGCAGCAGCAGCAGCAGCAGCAGCAAAUGAUUCGUACAAAAAAAUUCGAUUCAAUUUCGCCAACAUCACAACUGAUGCGCGCACCAGGUGCUAAUAGACAUCAACAAUCGAUUUCACCAUCGAUGAAUAAAAUACUUCUUGAUCAAAAUGGUCAAACAGGUUCAUCAACAGCAUCGUCCACUUCAUCGUCACCAUCAUCAAUACAACAACAAACAAAUCAAUUUAUUCAACCGCAACAAUUAUAUAGGUCACUAGAUCAACAGCAGCAGCAGCAGCAACAACAGCAACCAUUCGGACCAAUUGGAUCACAUCGUACACAAAUGUCAGCCACAGCUGAUGCUACAUUUAGUGAAAAUCCUCUUCAAAUGAGAACUAAAUUUAAUCGAACAUUAUCAGCUAAUAGUACGCCGAUGUAUCAACAACAGCAACAACAACAAUCAUCCAUGCUUAACAAUCCAGCCUAUGCAAAUAUGUCACGAAGUAGAUCGAAUCUCAAUCCAACUGCACCAGAAUUUCAACAUUGUAAUCGUUUGCCAUCACCCUUCAUGCCGCCGCCACCACCACAACAGCUGCCACAAGCCCCUAUGUCCAAUGGACCAUUAUCAGCUAAUAUCAUGAAUAUAGCCCGUAUGAUGGAACAAAAACAACAGCAACAACAGUUAUAUACAAAUAAUAAUAAUUCUUCAGUACAUGCAACACCACAACCACCGCCGCCACCUCCACCACAGCCAAUAGUACCGCCACAAGUACUACCACCUGUACGUCCACUUCAACAAGCAGAUAUGGAAGCAAUGCAGCAACAUGUACAAAAUCAAGUUUUACAUUUUUGGCGUCUACAUGCUAGCCAACAACAUCUUAUACCACCACCGCCACAAUUGCCUACAACAUUACAAAUCGCUAAUACAUUAGCAUCUAAAGGACAGUUACCACAAGAUCCAAAUCAAGCAGCAGCACUGGUUGCUGCUUAUUACUAUACCAAUUUUCUAUCACGAACACAACAAGCACAACCACCAACACCUAAUACUAUUCCAGUGUCGUCUAAUGUAAAUAAAAAUGUUUAUGAGACGAUUAAUAUACAACAGCCGACUACUUCAAACAGUGAUGAUAUACCAUUAACUGCAGAUCCAACAAAUGGACAUACUCAAGCACAAGUGAUUGUCGAUCCGAAUGUUAUAAAUGCCAAUAGUAAUCAUUCAAGCGGUUCUUCUUCAUCAUCGUCAUCUACGAGCACUAGUGGUGACCAAAAAAUGGUGCCAGCGGCAAUCGGUAGCGAACGUAAACGUCAUUUACCUAUGCCAACGACUGGUGGUCAGACAGCAAUCGGUAGUACUGGGGAUUGGUCUUCCGUUUCGAAACAGCCAUAUCCGAUCGAUCCAUAUCUACCGCAACAACCACCAGUUCCACCCACAUCCGAAUAUCAACAACAACAACAACAACAACAACAAAUGAUGCGCGACUAUACUCGAUAA